AUGGAUAAAAGAAAGAGUAUAAAAUACUAUAGCUCAACUAACUCAACUCCUAGAUCUCGUUGUUCACCUCGUAAUUCAAUUAACACAAUUACAAUAUCUCCUCAAAAUGAAUUAAAAUCAUUUAAUAGAAAUCCUCAUUCAUCUCCUAAACUCUUGUCUUCCCAAAAUUCUAAAAGAAAAUCUAUCAUUUCACCUCAACUACUUACAAUUGAAAAAGAAAGUCAAUCACUAACAAAUUCUAUAAAAGAAAUGAUAGGAAUUGGUAUCAAUAGGAAUAAUGAUGAAACAGAUAUUUGGGAGAAGGUUUAUUUGUUUUCUUUAACUAAUACUAUUUAUAUUUUUAUUUCAUUGAAAAUAAUAAUUAACAAAUUAGAUGCUUUUAAGUUGUGA